UCACACACUUCCCACCAUGGCCAGCAAGCAAACGAGUGAGGAAGCAGCCGCAAUCGGCGCCGACGAACCCUUCCUGGGACUGCUGGACGUUGCUCUACUGGCAGUACUGAUUGGCGGAGCCGCAUUUUACUUUCUGCGCAGUCGCAAGAAGGAAGAGGAGCCGUCUCGGAGUUAUUCCAUUCAACCCACGACAGUGUGCACCACUAGUGCGGCGGACAACUCAUUUAUUAAGAAGCUCAAAGCCUCCGGACGCAGCCUUGUCGUGUUUUAUGGCUCGCAAACAGGAACCGGUGAGGAAUUCGCCGGGCGCCUAGCUAAGGAGGGCAUUCGUUACCGUCUAAAGGGCAUGGUUGCCGAUCCCGAGGAGUGUGAUAUGGAAGAACUGCUGCAGCUUAAGGACAUACCCAACUCACUGGCCGUCUUCUGCCUGGCCACCUACGGCGAGGGUGAUCCUACGGACAACGCCAUGGAGUUCUACGAAUGGAUCAGCAACGGCGAUGUCGACUUGACCGGUCUUAAUUAUGCGGUAUUUGGCUUGGGCAACAAGACAUACGAACACUACAAUAAGGUGGCCAUUUACGUGGAUAAGCGGAUGGAGGAGCUGGGCGCUAAUAGAGUCUUUGAACUGGGUUUGGGCGACGAUGAUGCUAACAUCGAGGAUGACUUUAUCACGUGGAAGGACCGUUUCUGGCCCGCUGUGUGCGACAACUUCGGAAUUGAGGGCGGUGACGAGGAAGUGCUCAUUCGCCAGUACCGUCUGCUGGAGCAACCGGAGGUGCAGCCUGACCGCAUUUACACCGGAGAGAUCGCCCGCCUACACUCGAUGCAAAACCAGCGGCCACCCUUCGAUGCCAAGAAUCCCUUCCUGGCACCCAUCAAGGUUAACCGCGAGCUGCACAAGGGCGGCGGUCGGUCCUGCAUGCACAUAGAGCUGAGCAUCGAUGGGUCAAAAAUGCGCUACGACGCUGGCGAUCACGUGGCCAUGUACCCUGUCAACGACAAGAGCCUGGUGGAAAAGCUUGGCCAGUUGUGCAACGCAAACCUGGACACAGUCUUCUCGCUUAUUAACACAGACACGGACAGCAGCAAGAAACACCCGUUCCCCUGCCCUACCACGUACCGCACCGCACUCACCCACUAUUUGGAAAUUACAGCCAUACCCCGCACGCACAUUCUCAAGGAGCUUGCUGAGUAUUGUACUGACGAGAAGGAAAAGGAGCUACUGCGCAACAUGGCCUCAAUCAGUGCGGAAGGAAAGGAAAAGUACCAGAGCUGGAUUCAAGACGCCUGUCGCAAUGUGGUUCAUAUACUGGAAGACAUUAAAUCCUGUCGUCCUCCUAUCGACCACAUUUGCGAGUUGCUGCCCCGCUUACAGCCACGAUAUUAUUCCAUUUCAUCGUCUGCUAAGCUGCACCCUACUGACGUACACGUGACUGCCGUGCUCGUGAACUACAAGACUCCCACGGGACGCAUUAACAAAGGCGUAGCCACGACUUACCUGAAGAACAAGCAACCUCACAGCGGCGAGGAAGUUAAGGUGCCGGUGUUUAUUCGCAAAUCUCAGUUCCGACUGCCUACAAAGCCGGAGACACCUAUAAUAAUGGUCGGACCGGGCACUGGUCUGGCGCCUUUCCGUGGUUUUAUUCAAGAGCGACAGUUCCUGCGCGACGAGGGCAAGACCGUGGGUGAGACUAUCCUUUACUUCGGUUGCCGUAAGCGCGACGAGGACUACAUCUACGAAACAGAGUUAGAGGGGUGGGUUGCAAAGGGCACGCUUAACCUGAAGGCCGCUUUUUCCCGUGACCAGGCGAAGAAAAUCUAUGUACAGAACCUGCUUGAACAGGACGCAGAUCUAAUAUGGAACGUAAUUGGUGAGAGCAAAGGACACUUCUACAUAUGCGGUGAUGCGAAAAACAUGGCAGUAGACGUUAGAAACAUUUUAGUGAAAAUUCUGUCCACCAAGGGUAACAUGAGCGAAGCUGACGCCGUGCAGUAUAUCAAGAAGAUGGAGGCUCAGAAGCGCUACUCUGCCGAUGUCUGGAGCUAAUCUGGUCCAAAUGCACACUGAUAAGCGUAAAGUUUUUUAGUUUACUAAGCUAUGUAAGCGUAUUUUUGGUUUGGGAACUUCUUGCUGCAGUUCAACAAACGAUGAAUGAGUAACCAUUAAGUUUAUAUCUAGUGUAAAUGACUCUAGUUUGUCCCUGGACUGUUCAAUGGGUUCAACUAAGACGGAAUCUAAGUAAGAAGCUUUGUACGAACGCAGAUUAUGUUGAGUUUUUUACGAUUAUUUUAUUGUGUAUUUUGCUUGGUGAUUUUAAUACAAAUACGAAACAUGUUGUGCAAUUAUAACAA